AUGCUAUUGGGAUUUGAUAUCCAGGUGAACCGUGGUAAAUCUGCCCUUAACAUGGCGGACGCUACUCUUAUUUUUGAUGGACAGACUAUUAGUCUUGGCAUUGGGUCAACAGACGGGCAGUCACGGGUCGCUGAAGUGAGGGUUGGCAAGAGGCGAGUUAUUCCACCAAACUUAGUGAUGCAGUUGAAAUGUACCAUGCCUAGUUACGAUGUUAACUAUGUUGUGGAGUCAUUUGGUAAUUCUAUGUUGUUGGUCCCUAGGGUGGUGCUGUCGGCGGGUUCUGACUCCGUACUGUGUCUGGUCAACCCUACGGACCGCUUUAGGAUGCUCAAGAAGAAUACGCUCAUUAAGAGGGCGUUUCCUGUCGCUGAGUACCUCCCAAGGGAAUCUUUAGCCCCAGAAUCGGGGGGAUACCGGGUGCAAUCUUGUUCUCUUGAGGACGCGGCACCGUCAGAGGCGAUUCCGGAGCACGUUCGAGACCUGUAUGAGCGGUCCGGCGAACACCUGCAAGAUUCGGAGAGGAAAAAAUUAGCUGCUCUACUAAAUGAGUAUCAGGAUGUGUUUGCACAGGACGAGUUUGAUCUGGGUUCGUUCACCUCUAUUACGCAUACCAUUGAUACCGGCAACGCAUUUCCGGUCAAAGAGCGUAUGCGGCGGACACCUGUUUGUUUUGUGGGAGAGGAAGAGUCUCAUCUCGAAAAGAUGUUGAGGGCCGGUGUGAUCCAGGAAUCAGCCCCGGUUUUGAUCCGGAAACGGGACGGGACUGUCAGGUGGUGCAUAGAUUACCGGAAGUUGAACGACGUCACGAUCAAGAACGUGUUCCCGCUACCCCUGAUCGAUGACUGUCUCGAUACUCUAGCAGGCAAUGUCUGGUUCUCUAAGCUGGAUGCAAACUCAGCUUACUGGCAAAUGAACAUCGCGGAGCAGGACCGUAAGAAGACGGCGCUUGUCACGGUUUUUUCGAACAUGUCAAGAUGGGACUUGGGUUGUGCAACGCACCAGCCAUCUAUUCCCGGGAUGUGA